UGGACGCCAUCGUUGCUCGCGUUGUAAACUCAACGCGUUGUGACUGGAAUCUACCUUUUCUCUGAAUUUGUUCUUCAAUCCGGAUAAUAUUUACAUUUUUUGACUGGGAAAGUGGACUAACAAUUCGCCAAGAUGCCGCGUAUUAUGAUCAAGGGUGGUGUCUGGCGAAACACCGAGGAUGAGAUUCUUAAAGCAGCUGUUAUGAAAUAUGGCAAAAACCAGUGGUCUCGAAUUGCAUCCCUUCUGCACAGAAAAUCAGCCAAACAAUGCAAGGCCAGAUGGUACGAGUGGCUGGACCCCAGCAUCAAGAAGACGGAGUGGUCCAGGGAGGAGGAGGAGAAGCUGCUGCACUUGGCCAAGCUGAUGCCCACCCAGUGGAGGACCAUCGCCCCCAUCAUCGGCCGCACCGCUGCACAGUGCCUGGAGCACUACGAGUUCCUGCUAGAUAAAGCAGCUCAAAGGGACAAUGAAGAGGACGCUGGAGACGACCCCCGUAAACUCAAGCCGGGAGAGAUUGACCCCAACCCAGAGACCAAACCCGCCAGGCCCGACCCUGUGGACAUGGACGAAGAUGAGCUGGAGAUGCUGUCGGAGGCCAGGGCUCGUCUGGCCAACACACAGGGCAAGAAGGCCAAGAGGAAAGCCAGGGAGAAACAGCUGGAGGAGGCCAGGCGACUGGCUGCCCUCCAGAAGCGCCGUGAGUUGCGCGCGGCCGGAAUAGACAUCCAGAAGAAGAGGAAGAAGAAGCGCGGCGUGGACUACAACGCCGAGAUCCCUUUCGAGAAGAAGCCGGCGGUGGGCUUCUACGACACCUCCAUGGAGAACUACGACAACCUGGAGCCCGACUUCAAGAGGCUGCGGCAGCAACACCUGGACGGGGAGCUCAGGAACGAGAGGGAGGACAGGGAGCGCAAAAAGGACAAGCAGAAGAUCAAGAAGAAGAAGGAGUCAGACCUGCCGUCCGCCAUCUUGUCCACCAGCGGCGUGUCCGAGUUCACCAAGAAGAGGAGCAAGCUGGUGUUGCCAGCCCCACAGAUUUCGGACGGUGAGCUGGAGGAGGUGGUGAAGCUGGGCCAGGCCAGUGAGAUCGCCCGCCAGACGGCCGAGGAGUCCGGCAUCACCAACUCCGCCUCCAGCGCCCUGCUCUCCGAGUACAACGUCACCAACAACGCCAUGGCACUGCGCACGCCCAGGACGCCCGCCACACAAGACAAGAUCCUACAGGAGGCCCAGAACCUGAUGGCUCUGACGAACGUGGACACGCCCCUGAAGGGAGGCCUGAACACGCCCCUGCACGAGAGCGACUUCUCCGGAGUCACCCCACAGAGACAAGUGGUCCAGACACCCAACACCGUGCUCAGCACACCCUUCAGGACCCCCAGCCACGGUGCGGAGGGCAUGACCCCCCACAGCGGCAUGACCCCCAAGGCCCUCCCCUCGCCUGCCAUGACCCCCGGUCGCACCCCGCUGCGGGACAAGCUCAACAUCAACACAGAGGACGGAGCCGUGGACUACACCGACCCGGCCUACACCAAACAUCUGCAACGCGAGUCUCGGGAGCAGCUGAAGAUGGGCCUGAUGUCGCUGCCGAUGCCCAAGAACGACUUUGAGAUCGUGCUGCCGGAGAACGCCGAGCAGGAGAUGGAGGAGCCCGAGAUGGACGAGAGCUACGUGGAGGACGCGUCCGAGAUCGAGCUGCGCAAGAAGGCGGUGCGGGAUGCGGAGCGGGAGAAGGAGCUGAGGCAGAGACACAUGGCCGUGCAGAGAGAGCUGCCCCGCCCCACAGAGGUGAACGAGACGAUCUUGCGGCCGGCGAACGUGGAGCCGCCGCUGACGGAGCUGCAGCACGCGGAGGAGAUGAUCAAGAGGGAGAUGCUGACCAUGAUGCACUACGACAGCCUGCACCACCCCUGCACAGACGCCCUGGCCCAACGGAAGGCCAAGGGGGUCAGCUCGGCCUCCAACAACGCAGAGCACAUCGCCUACCUGGAGAAGAACACCUACGAGAAGGCCAAUGAGGAGGACCUCAAGAAGGCCAAGGAGCUGCUGGCGCAGGAGAUGGAGGUGGUGAAGCAGGGCAUGGGCCACGGGGACCUGUCCAUGGAGGCCUACAACCAGGUGUGGGAGGAGUGCUACAGCCAGGUGCUCUACCUGCCCGGCCAGAGCCGCUACACCCGUGCCAACCUGGCCAGCAAGAAGGACCGCAUAGAGUCCCUGGAGAAGAGGCUGGAGAUCAACCGUGGCCACAUGACGACGGAGGCCAAGCGGGCGGCCAAGAGUGAGAAGAAGUUGAAGAUCCUGCUGGGCGGCUACCAGUCGCGCGCCAUGGGCCUGGUCAAGCAGCUGGGGGACCUGUGGGAUCAGGUGGAGCAGGCGCACGUGGAGCUGCGCACCUUCAGCGAGCUCAAGAAGCAGGAGGACCUGGCCAUCCCACGGCGCCUGGAGGCCCUGCGGGAGGACAACCAGCGGCAGCAGGAGCGUGAGAAGGAGCUGCAGCAGAGGUUUGGAGACCUCAUGCUGGAGAAGGAGUCGCUGGGGGCAGAGAAGUUUUGAAGAGCUUUUAAAAGCCGAGCCGUCGUACCACAUUCAAUCGGGACUUUCAUCCACUGAGCUGUUGAACUCGGAACCAGUACGCUCUCUCUCUCUAGCUCUCUGUACCUCUCUCUGUACCUCUCUCUGUACCUCUUUCUGUAUCCCCGUCUCUCUCUCUCUCUCUGCAACUCUCUCUCUCUUUAUCUCUGUCGUCUUCGGUCUCUGUAUCUUGGUCUUGUCAUUGCAGCCCAAAAGCAUGUGCUCCAUGACCGUGGAUUGCUAAUGCUAUCUGAGACAGUGUUUCAAGCUUCAAGGGUGUCCGUGUCUGUACUAUAAUGUUGCUGUUUUGGCAGCUUUUUGGUUUCAUGUCUCUUGAAUGUGUGAACCAUGGACAUUGUGACUUGAGUCAAUUUAUCCUGUGUCAGAACAUUAGCUUCAGAGCAGCGUUGAGAUGCUUCAGACAGGUAGUGUCACCUGAGCUUUUAAUCUGAUGUAACACAUCACAACAUUUCACGGUUUUGAAAGUAUCUCCAAACAAACAAAAAAUGAAACAAAGAAAAAAUGCUACGUGGACACAGCUACAGGACACACCUGAUGAGAAACUGUAUAUAACAUUAUGGUUAGAUGUGCGUUAUUUUUAUUACAUCUGUCGGACUAGGCCCUCGUUUUCUGUUUGAAUGUUUAUUUUAGCAUCCUGUACGUUGUUUUGCAUCGAGUAAAAUGAGAGGUCUCUCAAAUGCAAACUAAGGAGGGCCUUUGGUAAAGUAAUAAAAUUUGCCGUCAAUUCUAAAACUCUGUCCUUUUCCUGUUUUGGGUUCCUUUUUUGCUCAUUAUUAUUAUUAUUAUUUUGCUACAUCCCACUCAGUCAGUAUAGCGGCAGGUCAUGUACAUUCAGGCAGAGAGCCAGCGGAAUUUUCAGUAUUUAAAAAAAAUCUACAUCCUAAUGAGUUAUUCUUCAUAUUUCAUCCACCUCUUUAACGCGUAUCGGAUUACGUUUUAAGCUCACACGUGCUUAUUUUCUAGUCAGUUCAAGUCAAUGGAGCGAUUGAGCACCAGGCCCCUUGCCUUGACAAAUUGACAUUUUGUCCGCCACCUCAACUCUGAAAAAGUUACUGCCUGGCUGGGCUGGGCUUGCUUGGUCGGCUGGGUCCUUAGCUUGUGGUGUUAUUGCUACCUUUAGAGGAAGGCCGCUGCGCUCACUGGUGGGGCUCCGGGGACUCUGGGCUGGGUAACUCUACCUCUGUGUUCAUGUCGAGCAGUAAUUACGCUAUUCCAUAAACACCACCGCC